AGGGUGAGAGGGAGAAAUUGAAUGAGAGGGGACCAGAGGCGAAACUGAGACGAGCCACCACAACAAAACUUCUCCAACUAACAAGCAAGUGGAACUACAGGCUGGCUUCUCCCCUUCUCUCCCCGCAUGGCUGCUGAGUUCCUCCAAGUUUAACUCAGUGCAGUGUAAAGUUGUGGUGUCGGAGGCAGAGGGGGCUCCCCGCUGGAGAGAUGGAGCGUUUAAUAAGGACCAGGAGAACAUCGCUGUUUCUUUUUAUACUGCUUCAUGUGACGACGGCGACACAAGCUGCUAAUCCCAUCGAUGUUCUGCGUGUUCUGGAGCUGUCGGAGAACAUGGAGGGCGUGUCCUUGGAGGCCGGUCUCUGCACCAGCAGGAGGGGCAUGGAGGAGACGGAUCUGGCCUACAAGAUAGAAAAAAAGAUCCAGCUGAGUGCUCCCACCAAGCAGCUCUUCCCUGAAUCCAAAUUUCCCAAGAAUUUCUCCGUGAUGACUACCGUGCGAGCUAAAAAGGGCUCCCAGUUCUUCCUGCUGUCAGUGUACGAUGAUCAGGGGGUGCAGCAGCUGGGACUCGAAGUGGGUCGCUCGCCUGUCUUCCUGUAUGAGGACCAGAAUGGGCAGCCCACACCGGAAAUGUACCCCAUCUUCAAGAAGGUCAACAUGGCUGACGGAAAAUGGCACAGGAUAGCCUACGGCGUUCAGGGCAAUUCUGUGACCCUCUACCUGGACUGUCAGAAGGUAGAGACCCUGGAUCUGCUGCGAGGGGACGACGCUGUCGUCAGCACACAUGGUGUCACUGUGUUUGGGACAAGGCUGCUCGAUGAAGAUGUAUUUGAGGGAGAAAUCCAGCAACUACUGAUUCUGGAGGACCCCCAGGCUGCUGCCAGCUACUGUGUAAACUACAUACCAGACUGUGACUCUGCUUUGCCCUACAACAGCCAAGCCCUGGGGCUGCAGGAGAACUCCCAACUCGUGUCUGAUGCCUUAGUGCAAAGCGACCAGCCCGAUGAACCAAAGGAGCACUCCAAAAAGGACAGGAAAGGCAAAAAGAAGAGGGACAAGGGCUCUAAAGGCAAAGGCAAAGGCAAACGCAAAGGCAAGGGCAAGAAGGGAUCCAGAAAGAAAAAACACGAAGAGGCUGCUCUCGAGGAUGGUUUCCUCAGAAUGUCCACAACACUGCCUGAGUAUCUCUCCCAGGAACCUUUUCAGCCCACAGAGUUGCCAGAAAUUAAGAACACCCUAGAAACUGUCAUCCGCACCGAAAUCUCCAGCAAGACACUCGUGGAGAUGCCGACACAUGAACCCGACUCAGCAACUGAGGCCCCCACUGUGAUGCCUAGUGCACUGCCUGAAUCAAAGGUUCCUGAGGAGGAGGGCAAGCCAGUGACGAAGCCCAUGGUGGAGGAAUAUGGAGAUGACCUUUUCGGAGACCUCUAUGAUGAUCUCUCAGUUUCCACGGUAACAGUGGGCCCCAAUGUUACUGACUAUGAGAUUCUCGAAUAUGAAGAUUUCAAGAAUGACACAGAGUCAGAGUACGAGGAGUAUGAAAUAUAUGAUGACGGCUUUCAGUUUGCAGAGCGGGAAAGAGCUGAGACUUGGAAUAAAGAGGUUAGUCUCAGAGCAGAGAAAGGCCAGAAGGGAGAGCAGGCUAUUAUUGAACCGGGAACGUUGGUGGAAGGACCCCCAGGUCUUCCAGGACCCGAGGGACUCAUUGGCCCAGCAGGACCAAUAGGUCCCCCAGGACCCAGAGGAGACCCUGGUGAAAUGGGUCCCCCAGGACGUCCGGGUCUUGCCGGGGUUGAUGGGAUUCCAGGUCCUCCAGGAACCCUGUUGAUGCUGCCAUUCCAGUAUGGAGGUGAUUCCCAGAAGGGCCCAGUGGUGUCUCCCCAGGAGGCGCAGGCACAGGCUAUCCUGCAGCAGGCCCAGCUGUCACUGAGGGGACUUCCAGGUCCACUGGGUCUUGCAGGGCGACCAGGCCCACUGGGUGCUCCAGGUCCCGCUGGGCUCAAAGGAAACAGAGGAGACAACGGCCCUACUGGACCGCAUGGGUUGCCAGGCCCUCCAGGAAUUAAUGGAAAGUCGGGAAAGAGGGGCCGUGCAGGAAUGGAUGGAGGUCGUGGGAUUCCAGGUGAAACAGGCGCUAAGGGUGACAGGGGAUUUGAUGGCCUGCCAGGUCUGCCAGGAAACAAGGGACACAGAGGGGACAGAGGAAAACCAGGUCCUUAUGGGCCCGUUGGAGAGCCAGGAGAUAAGGGAUCUGAUGGACCUGUGGGGCCAAGAGGGCAACCAGGCGAACCCGGUCCUCGGGGUCUUGUUGGGCCAAGGGGGGCGCCUGGCCCACCUGGCCAGCCGGGUAUUAGUGGAACUGAUGGACCACAAGGUGCAAAGGGCAACCAGGGUCCAGCUGGAGAGAUCGGGCCACCGGGUCAGCAGGGAAAUCCAGGAGUACAGGGCUUGCCUGGUCCUCAGGGUCCCAUUGGAGUGCCAGGAGAGAAGGGUCCCCAGGGGAAACAAGGCAUGCUGGGACUGCCAGGCAUUGAUGGUCCUCCCGGUCACCCAGGAAGAGAGGGCCCCCCAGGAGAGAAAGGCAUCCAAGGUUUACUAGGCACUCAGGGGCCUGUUGGGUACCCGGGUCCUCGUGGUGUCAAGGGAGCCGAUGGAGUGCGGGGUCUGAAGGGGAGCAAAGGAGAGAAGGGAGAAGAUGGCUUCCCUGGUUUCAAAGGUGAAAUGGGCAUCAAGGGGGACAGGGGUGAUAACGGAGUUGUUGGUCCUCGUGGAGAGGAUGGAACAGAGGGGCUAAAGGGCCAAGCAGGACCUCUGGGAGAUUCAGGAGGUCCUGGGACACCUGGCGAAAAGGGUAAACUUGGCGUGCCUGGAUUGCCAGGAUACCCAGGAAGACAAGGUCCCAAGGGAUCAGUUGGCUUCCCGGGUGUGGCAGGGCUCCCUGGAGAGAAAGGACGAAGGGGUCCAGCUGGUCAGCCAGGGUCUGGAGGCCAAAGAGGUUCUAAUGGAGCCCGGGGGGGAAGAGGAGCAAACGGCCCCACUGGAAAGCCUGGAGAAAAGGGUUCUGCUGGACAAGAUGGUCCUCCAGGCUCCACCGGAGAACAGGGUCCCCAAGGACCACAGGGAAGAAAUGGUGAGCCAGGACCCAGAGGGCCUAAUGGUCCACCGGGAAAAGAUGGAUUACCGGGUCAUCCAGGCCAGAGAGGGGAACCAGGCUUCCAAGGCAAGAACGGACCCCCUGGCCCCCCAGGCGUUGUUGGACCACAGGGCAAAUCUGGUGAGACUGGGCCAACUGGAGACAGGGGUCACCCAGGAUCGCCGGGACCACCGGGUGAACAUGGUUUACCGGGAACUGCCGGAAAAGAGGGUGCCAAGGGAGACCCAGGUCCACCAGGAGCCUCGGGGAAAAGUGGCCCUGCUGGGCUUCAAGGCUUCAGAGGAAGCAGAGGGACCCCUGGUGCUAUGGGUCCUGCAGGUCUGAAGGGAGGAGAGGGACUACCUGGUGUUGGAGGAAGUCUGGGUGCUACUGGAGAGAGAGGCCCCUCUGGACCGGCUGGUGCUAUUGGCCAGCCCGGACGGCCGGGCGGCGUGGGCCCUGCUGGGCCGAUGGGAGAGAAGGGCGAGCCAGGAGAGAAGGGGCCCGUUGGACCGGCUGGGAACGAUGGGGAAACAGGACCUGUGGGGCUGCCAGGGGCUGCAGGGUCUUCUGGGCCUCCAGGAGAGGAUGGAGACAAGGGAGAGACAGGUGGACCAGGCCAGAAGGGCAGCAAAGGAGACAAAGGAGAAUCUGGACCACCAGGACCUGUUGGAAUGCAAGGACCUGUGGGCCAGCCGGGAUUGCCAGGUGCAGAUGGUGAGCCAGGUCCUCGUGGGCAGCAGGGCAUGAACGGGGCAAAAGGAGAUGAAGGACACAGAGGCUUCAAGGGGGCAUCUGGUCCGUCUGGACUGCAGGGAAUGCCAGGACCAUCAGGGGAGAAAGGAGAGAGCGGGCAUGUUGGCUCAAUGGGGCCUCCAGGACAGCAUGGCCCACGAGGCCCCCAGGGGCCCAUUGGGGGAGAGGGCCCACCUGGAAUGCCUGGUGGAGUUGGUCAGCCUGGACUCGUUGGAGAGAAGGGCGAGGACGGCGAAGCUGGAAACCCGGGAUCAGCUGGAGAGCCUGGCAUUGCUGGUACUAAAGGCGAUGUGGGGGAGAAGGGUGACUCUGGGCCUCCCGGUGCAGCUGGACCUCCAGGAUCAAGAGGAAAACCAGGGGAAGACGGAGCCAAAGGCAACCUUGGCCCUAUUGGAUUCCCUGGAGAUUCAGGUCCUCCUGGAGAAGCUGGUGUCAAUGGAGUAGAUGGUGGACCAGGGCCUAAAGGAGACCAUGGAGAGCCUGGCAAAGCAGGACCCCCAGGAGCCUCUGGAGAGCCAGGUCCAACAGGACCUCCUGGAAGAAGGGGUCACAUAGGUCCUGCAGGAAAAGAAGGGAAGCAAGGCAUGAAGGGAGCCAAGGGGGCAACAGGAACCCAGGGUCCAGUGGGAAAGACGGGCCCAGUGGGACCCCAAGGGCAGCCGGGAAGGCCCGGGCCAGAAGGUCUUCGGGGCAUCCCAGGUCCCUCGGGUGAGCAUGGGUUAAAUGGGCCUCCAGGACAAACGGGACCACCAGGACCACUUGGGCCACCAGGACUUCCAGGGUUAAAAGGAGACCCUGGAAACAAGGGAGAUAAGGGUCAUGGUGGGCUGAUCGGUCUAAUUGGCCCCCCAGGAGAGCCUGGUGAGAAGGGAGACAGAGGUCUGCCAGGACCUCAGGGUACACAAGGUCCUAAAGGAGAUGAGGGAGUGGGUGGCACACCGGGUCCCACUGGCCCACCAGGACCACCUGGACUCUCAGGUUCACCUGGUGAGAAAGGAUCGAAGGGAGAAAUGGGUGUUAUUGGUCCCAGAGGAGACACAGGCCCUGCUGGCCCUCCAGGACCCCCAGGCCUCCCUGCGACGAUGAUCGAGCCCCUGCCUAUCAGGGAGGGCAGGCGGAAGAGACGAAGGCACUCCGAUCGGGGAGGAGGAGCAGCCCCAUCCAGAGAGGAGGAUCUGGCUAUGGAGGAGCUCCUCCAGGGAGAUCAGCCUCUGGAGGACCCUGAAGGGAUGGAGGAAGUCUUUGCCACCCUAUCCUCCAUGAAAACAGAAGUGGAGCUGAUGAGGAGGCCCCUGGGAACCUUUGAGAGUCCUGCCCGGACCUGCAAAGAGCUCAUGAUGGUCCAACCUGACUACAAAGAUGGAGACUACUGGAUUGAUCCUAACCAGGGCUGUCACAGAGACUCUAUUAAGGUGUACUGUAACUUCACAGCUGAUGGAGAGACAUGUCUCUACCCUGACAAGAGGAUUGAGAUGGUGAAAUUAGCAGCGUGGAACAAAGAGCAUCCAGGAAGCUGGUACAGCCAAUACAGGAGAGGCAAGCAGUUCUCCUACGAUGACAGGGAUGGGAACCCUGUACAUGUAGUUCAGCUGACCUUCCUCAAACUACUGAGUGCCACGGCCAAGCAGAGCUUCACCUACACCUGCCAGAACUCGGCAGGCUGGUUUGACAGCACCUCCCGCUCCUACCAGCAUGCCCUCCGCUUCAGGGGCAGCAACGAUGAGGAGCUGACACAAGCCAAAAGCCCCUUCAUCAGUGCAGUGCAUGAUGGGUGCCAGUUACGCAAAGGUCAGGAAAGGACUGUUCUAGAGAUUGACUCCCCCUCGGCAGAGCUGCUCCCUAUUAUAGACGUGGCUCCAGCAGACUUUGGCAAGAGCAACCAGAAGUUUGGAUUCCAAGUGGGACGAGUGUGCUUCAACGGUUAACGUCUUGCCAACAACAAAGAAAAAAAAAAGAAAAAAAUUACACACAGCAAGUUUUCAGUAAAAGAAACUGGACUUUUACCACUGCCCCAAGCAAUAUUUAUUAUAUUCUGUUCCUGUAUGUGGUGGGUUUGUGGUGCAUUAUUUAAGACUCUUCGUCGGCCACGUUCUGUGGCUUUACAACAAUGAGAAGAAAUGCGAGAAAAGAGGAUAUGCAACAGUGGGAACAAAGCACAUUUACCAAAGGGAAAUAUUCCAAUUAGAUCUAUUUAAUUUUAAGUGUUUCUGUGUUCUUUUUCUCUCACUGUUUGAUGGUUGUAUCCUCACGAACAAAGAGGACGAUGACCACUUAUAAAGCAGACAGAUCUGUCUGAUCACAGAAAGGAGACGGUCUGUCAUUCUGUGGCACGGCUCCGUUAAGUGGGACUUUUAAGACUGUGGAUGAACUAGUUGCUACCUAAUGUUUUUUUAUAGACUACGACUGAAUAAUUCAGAGGUGCAGUCGUACUCAUUUGCAUGCUCAAAUUUCACUAUAAUGACAAUUGCACAGCAGUUGUGAACUAGCUUAGCACAUUAAUUCCACACAAGUACAGUAAUUAAUUUCCUGUGUGCAGGAAUGAUAAAUUGUCCUUUUUACCCUUCAACUGCAGUUUUCUCAGUGAAUUACCUUGAUUAGUAUUCAGGAGGCGUAGCUAGUUAUUGAACCCGACACUGACUUGAACGGAUAAGGUUGUUUCCUUUAUUGGACUGCUUCCCUCCCAUGGGUUUGAUGAUAAGCUUUUUGAGCCGUGCAUGUUUCCAAGGACUACAUCACUGUAUAUGUCAGACCCGUAUCCUUUCUCCUGCAGUAUAUACUUGCUAUGACAUACCUCAGCAAUUAGGUUGGGGAUAUUUCAGGGCAACAAUUAAGAGCCUGUUGUUUAAAAUGUUCUCUAGCCUUAACUGCAGUCCUUUACACCGAGAGACAUUUCACACAUCUCUUGAAAGUGUUUUUAUAAUUGCUGACAUAACGUGUUUUCACAUUUCUGCCCGACUCAGAGGUUACUCAGUUUUUGUUCAUAUGUUGAAAUGUUGCUGUUCAUGUGACGUGAUAUGCUCUUCAGUGGUGCUAAAGACGAUUCUGUUAUGUUUGUGUCACUGUGUUUGUGUGUCUCUGCGGGCAGGAUUAUGUGGCUAGAGAUGGAGAGGGUUAUUGCUCUUUCAGCGGGACAACAGCCUCAAAGGCUGGGGACGAGUCUACUGUGGGCUUUUUUUUUUUUUUGCAUAUCUUCUGGAUGAGUGUGCCAAUUUCACAGGGCCGGUCAAAGGAGGGGAGGGACAGCACAGAGCGAUGUGGUUGAUGGCAUAAAAAGGAAAAUCUACUCGAAAUGACAUUGUGCUGUUCCACAAAUCCGAAUUGCUCGAUGUAGGCUGGUGGUAGGUAAUGGUGGUUAGUCUGCAGGGGAAAAACAGAAACAUGAACCUCUGACAGGCUGACAACGUUCUUCUGACACCAACCUGGUCGCUAAAUGUACAAACCUAGCAGGUGUCACCUUUCCUUUUGUGUGGCUUUACCCAACAUAAUUACAGGGUUCACUUCCUACUUGCAAAACAAGUUCCACUUAACACUAUUUGAAACGGCAUUGUCGCUGCUUCCUCGGUCUAGCAUCACCCAAGCUGAUUGUGAUUGGCUUAAAGAACUACAAACAGGCCAGAGUUUUUAUUUUCCCCAUUCCAGAUUGAGAGACUCUGUCCACUGCCAUUCUGUCCUGUUCCACUGACUGUGUGCAGUGAAUCCCGUGUUUACGUCGACCGAAACCACAAAUUACAUCAUCAGGUAGAUAAUGAAAGCGUCAGGUGACAUUUCCAGAACUUGCUGCACUGCAGAUGUUUUUAAUGAUUCUUUCCAAAUUACCUUUAAAAAAAAAUAAUAAUAAAACUGUGAAUGAUAAAUUCUCCUCACAUCCCAGUGAAAUUACCAUGCAUGCUAAUAUGGCGCCAUGCUAUUCCAUUAUUCACUGUCUGAAGAGCAGCUGCGGGAUUUGUUUUAGAUGACAAUAUAACCACAGUCUGCCUGUGUGUCAGCUUAAACAGAGGCCUCUUAAAUUAACAAACAGAGCUGUGAAAUACUACCAAAAUAACAUAUGUAUGUAAAUUCUAUUGAAUUGUUGAUUUUCCCCUCAGCAAAUGACAUUUCCUCACGCUCUGUCUACCUCCUCCGACUCAAACAGUAGACUGUGUAUCCAGUAUGUGUGAUUUUCCCGCUGCUCCACUGUUUUACAGCAUUUAAACAUUCCAGUGAUUGAACUCGUCUCCUCCGGCCUCAUCCUGCACUGCCUCUCCUGUGUAUAGUGUUUGUUGUACUAAUUUUAUAUACUGUACAGUUAUUCUGAGGAUUUUAUGAGCAGUAACCUAUUGCCCGAAUGAAAAACAAAUGUAUUUGUCAAAAAUUGAUGUGCGAAUAAAAACAAACAAGAAAUCA